GUGCAGGUCGAUGGGCGGCGUUGCUGAACAGCCAGUGUAUGUGCUGGGAGGGAAUCAUGAACUAUACGUGGCUUCAGAACUGAAUGACCGGGCUCCAGUGGCUUGAUGUCUACAUAAGGGACACCCUUAACCUUAGGGUCUUUGCUGUCAUAUUUCUCUCCGUCAUGAUUGAUGAGCGAACCUACUGGAUGUGUUAGUAGUGUUCAUCACUGAACAAAAUACACACCGAGCUUAAGCUUCAGAUUCUGUAGACAUGAGGCUCUUUGCUUACAGCACAGUACUUCUGGCCAUUGGGGCCCUUUUCACCCUCGUUGUAUUUAGACGCGUUCGGACUUGGAGCCGCCUUCGACAUAUCCCCGGCCCUCGUCUCGCAGGAUGGAGCCGGCUUUGGCUUGUUCGACAACAGAUUAGCGGUCGGUAUAUGCUGAAAUUCCGAGAGGUUUCCCAACGAUAUGGCCCUGUGGCACGAAUCGGGCCCACGUAUGUCCUCAUCAGCUCCCCGACCGAGAUCCGGCGCAUCUGGUCCAUCCGCUCCGGCUACUACCGUGCGCCCUGGUACGAGGGCUUCCGCUUCGACCCCAACCGUGACUCCUUGGUCACAACCAUCCAGCCGGCCGAACACAGCCGCAUUCGGGGCCUGGUCAUCCCGGGCUACUCGGGCAAGAGACUGAUGCCGAACCAGGAGCAAGUCAUGGACGAGCACAUCCAAAAGUUCCUGAGCCUGAUCGAACGCCGCUACGUCUCGUCGCGCACCAAAUUCCGGCCCUGGGAAAUGGCCCGCGGCAUGCAGUACCUGACGUGGGACGUGGCCUCGGCGGUCGAGUUCGGCGAGCCCUUUGGCUUUCUCGAUGCCGACGCCGACAUGUACGACGCCAUCGCCGCACUCGAGACAAUGGUUCUCCCGUGCGGCAUCAUGGCCCUUCUCCCGGAGCUGCUGGCGCUAGUCAAAUCACCCCUGAUCAAACCCCUCCUGCCCAAACCCACCGACUCGCACGGCGUAGGCCGCCUGCUGGGGGUCAUCGCGGAGCGCAUCGAGGCACGCUAUUCGCAAAAGGUGCACCGCGACGACGUGCUGCAGGUGUUUAUGCGGUCGGGCCUCUCGCGCGACGACGUCGAGUCCGAGGCGCUGCUGCAUUUGUUUGCCGGGUCGGAUACCACGGCCAUGGCGGCGCGCACCACAGUAUUCUACAUCGCGACGUGCCCCGCCGCGUACAAGAGAUUGCAGGCGGAGAUCGAUGGCGUGGCAGCGACCGUGACGCGGCCGGUCAUUUCGGACGGCGAGGCCAAGGGACUGAGGUUCUUGCAGGCGUGCAUCAAGGAGUCGUUGCGUAUGUGGCCGCCGGCUGCAGCGAUUGCUGCAAAAAUCUCGGACGUGGACGAUGUGAUUAGCGGUGUCAAGGUUCCUGCGGGGACGUCGGUGGCCGUGUCGUGGCUCGAGAUGAUGAGGGACAAGAAUGUGUUUGGGGAGGACGCUGAGAUUUGGUCGCCGGCCAGAUGGCUUGACUCGGAUCCCGAGACGCUGAAGGAAAUGGAAGCCACGCAGGGCAUGGCGUUUGCGAAUGGGUCGAGGUGGGAGUGUCUCGGCAAGAGACUGGCUUCGAUGGAGCUGGGGAAGGUCCUCUUUGAACUCUUUCUCCGAUACGAUUUUGCAAUGACGAACCCGGUUGAGCCGUUCCAGUGGAACCAUCAGGGGCUUACAAUGCACAGGAAUAUGAGGGUCACCGUGACGAAGAGGGAGACUGAUCGGGAUUCUAUGUGAGCUUGGACGAUGGGGCACAUCAAGG